ACGGUAGGAGGCCGCGUGGGCGCGCAGCUCCGGCCUUGCCCUUGACGCCACUGCCGGGGGGGAAGCCAUGGCGGCGCUGGCGGUCUUUCUGCGUGGCGGUGUCCGCGGGUGCGGGGCUCUGCUUCGGAGGCCACUGCAGGAAAUAAGAUACACGGAGCGCAACUAUGUAUCAAAACCUACUUUAAAUGAAGUGGUUAUAGUCAGUGCUACCAGAACACCCAUUGGAUCCUUUCUAGGCAGCCUUUCCUCUCUGUCAGCCACCAAGCUUGGUUCUGUUGCAAUCAAGGAAGCUGUUGAAAAGGCAGGGAUCCCAAAGGAAGAAGUGAAAGAGGCCUACAUGGGAAAUGUAAUACAAAGCGGUCAAGGACAAGCCCCUGCCCGACAAGCAGUACUGGGCGCAGGCUUGCCAAUUUCUACGCCAUGCACCACCGUCAACAAGGUUUGUGCGUCAGGAAUGAAGGCCAUCAUGUUGGCCUCUCAAAAUCUUAUGUGUGGACACCAGGACGUGAUGGUGGCUGGGGGCAUGGAGAGCAUGUCCACCGUUCCAUACGUGAUGCCCCGCGGAGCCACACCCUACGGAGGUGUGAAACUUGAAGAUCUGAUUGUGAAAGAUGGGCUAACUGAUGUCUACAAUAAAAUUCACAUGGGCAACUGUGCUGAGAAUACUGCAAAGAAGCUAAGCAUUUCCCGAGAAGAACAGGAUGCGUACGCCAUCAGCUCCUACAAGCGAAGUCAAGCAGCGUGGGAAGGUGGGAAGUUUGGAAGUGAAAUCGCACCCGUCACAGUGACAGUAAAAGGUAAACCAGACAUAGUGGUAAAAGAAGAUGAAGAAUAUAAGCGGGUUGACUUUAGUAAAGUUCCAAAACUGAAGACGGUUUUCCAAAAAGAAAAUGGCACAGUGACAGCUGCCAACGCCAGCACCCUGAAUGACGGAGCUGCUGCUGUGGUCCUGAUGACGGCAGAUGCUGCUAAGAGGCUCAAUGCUAAGCCGCUGGCUCGAAUAAUAGCAUUUGCUGAUGCUGCUGUAGACCCUAUUGACUUCCCAGUUGCACCUGCCUACGCCGUCCCUAAGGUUCUUAAAGAUGCAGGAUUGAAAAAAGAAGACAUUGCAAUGUGGGAAGUAAAUGAAGCCUUUAGUGUGGUGGUGCUAGCCAACAUUAAGAUGCUAGAUGUGGACCCCUCAAAAGUGAAUCUUCAUGGAGGAGCAGUCUCUCUGGGGCAUCCGAUUGGGAUGUCUGGAGCCCGGAUUGUUGUUCAUUUGGUCCAUGCCUUGAAGCAAGGAGAAUUUGGUCUUGCCAGUAUUUGCAAUGGAGGAGGAGGUGCUUCUGCUAUACUGAUUGAGAAGCUGUAGACAACCCUAUGUGACGAAAAACUUUGUAAAAUCAAUGGCAUCCUGGGUUAGUAGCUUGUAUUGAUAAUGAUUUCAUUUUUUAUUAUUUUCUAUAUUUUUAAAAACAAAGUGAACCCCAUCCUGAAAGUUACUGAAAUUACAAAUAAAUUUUUUCUUCUGUUUUGA